AACUUUAAUACCGAUUUUAAUUUUAUGGGAAAUUAUAUUUAACCGGUAUAUUUUAGUAAAACCGAUUGAAAUCCAAACCCCAAUCACAGCACACUUUGCACGUCAAAAGUCAAAAUCGCAAGAAAUGAGAACACUGUUCACUGACAAUAAUAAACAAUAUCUCAACAGUGGUAAAUAGUAAAACUGCUUCGUGCGAGUCAUCAUGCUUAUCUUUUCAUUGACAAGUUUGCGCGGGACUGACGUCUGAAUCAACCACCUGCUAAUGUUUACACUUUCAUGUGUAUACACUCGAAACUUCUCAGCGGGCAUCAGCACCUCCACCCUCAUUUUCUUGCAGAUAAAAUGUUGUCAGGCGCAAAGUAAGCUCUAAGCUCCUCCCCCGCGAGAUCAAGAGCAAGAGACCGUAACGGAGGGUUGAUUUCCGACCGAGCGACCUUGCUAUCGACCAAAGAGGAGAGGACGGUGGUAUCGACUUCUGAAAGUAAACAGAAACCUCCGCCGCCGCUCUUCGCGGCCCUCGGAUGAGAUAGAGGAAGGAGGCGGCGCGGCCUACAGCUUCUCUCCGCGACUGUCCAGUCGUUGUCCGCCUGCCUUGCACCGCGGAGUGGCUCGGUCCAAAUGCCCAAGACGUUUUGAUCAAGAGCAGACGGUGUUUAAUACGGCGGAAUGACUUGUCCACAACGGCUGUUGGGGCUGUGUGCCUCCCUUCAUGAGCGUGAGUCAAAAGUGCUGCAAGUUAAAAUAAAUGCAUUUCUCCAAGAAGAGAGCGGCGCCAAGUGCGUUCUUAUCGCGCCAAUUUUUGCGGACAUCGGAGAAGUUUUGGUGCAAGUGAUAUCAGACCGAGCCCUGCCGCAGGAAAUGAGGUUUCCGCUAAGCACACACGUCCUGGGGCUGGCCAGUGUCUCCAGUCCAGUCAGCCUGGCAGACCUUCCAGCAGCGAGUCUUUCUGAACUGAGCCAGCUGCUGGGUUUUGAACCGGAGACGUAUCUUUCAGUUUGUAUUCGGCACCCUGAGAGCCAGGUGGCCUCCCUUGUUGUCUGCCUAGUCGAUUUCCCUGACACCUCUCUGCCAGACACGCUGAUAGGCAUUGCCGAGAGCUGCUGCUUGACUCUGCUCGGCAUUAUCAUCAACACCAUGUCGUAUGAAAGGGAGAAAAGACUAAAGAACCAGUGCCAGUCACUUCUUACCGUUGCAAAGAAUUUAUUUACCCACCUAGGUGACAUGGAUGUUUUGCUGAGGGAGAUUAUGAUGGAAGCACAAAAGCUGACGAAUGCAGAGAGAUGUUCUCUCUUUCUCUUGGACCAUGCACACAAUGAACUGGUUGCCAAAGUGUUUGAUGGUAUCCCAACCAUGGGUGAAAAUGAGUCUUGCGAGGAAGUCCGGAUCUCCAUAAACCAGGGUAUCGCUGGCCAUGUUGCCUUGAAAGGCGAGCUGCUCAACAUCCAAGACGCCUACUCGCAUCCCCUUUUCUACAAAGGCAUUGAUGAGUCCACUGGCUUUGUCACUAGAAAUAUAUUGUGCAUCCCUAUCAAGAAUGAAAAUCAGGUUAUUGGAGUCGCCCAGCUUUGCAACAAAAUCAAUGGCCUUGAGUUCACCGCAGCUGACGAGGAAAUAGCCACCGCUUUCAGUAUUUUUUGCGGAAUCAGUAUAAUGAGCAGUCUCAUGUACAAAAAGGUCCAAGACGAACAGUCCAGGAGCAAACUCUGUAAUGAGCUUAUGAUGUACCACAUGGAGGUGCGUGCUGAAGAUAUUUUACGACUGGCCCAGACAGCUGUGCCUACACUCAAUGAGCAGUUCUGCUCAUUUGAAUUCUUCCCGAGAGACAUUCCGGACGACGAGACACCCGCCUUAGUUUUAGCGAUGUUUGAUGACCUCGGUCUCACCCAGCGAUGGAGAAUCAGACGGGACGUCCUCGCCAAAGCUGUGCUGCUGGCAAAGAAGGGAUACAGGGACUUGCCAUAUCACAACUGGACGCACGCCUUCUCUGUCACGCACUUUGCCUUUUUGCUACUGAAGAACCUGAAACCCAUGGAGCUUGGCUACCUGACGGAGUUGGAGGGGUUGGCGCUGCUGUUUUCUUGUAUUUGCCACGAUUUGGACCAUCGAGGGACCACAAACUCGUUUCAAGUGAAAGCUGACACCGUCUUGGCUGAAUUAUACAGUUCAGCUGGUUCCGUCAUGGAGAUGCAUCACCUUACGCAGACCAUUCGCAUCCUCAAUACAGAUGGGUGCAACAUUUUCCAGAAUCUGAUUGAGGAUGAAUACAAACAAAUGCUUUGCCUCAUUAAAGAGAUUAUUUUAGGCACCGAUUUGGCCAAGCAUCUGAGCAUAGUUGAAGAAUACAAUCAGUUGGUGACAACUGGUUUCGACAAGGACAAUGACUAUCACCGCAAACUCCUUCUCACAUUGUUCAUGACCUGCUGUGAUCUCAGUGACCAAACCAAGGCUUGGCCCCUUUCCAAGAAAACUGCUGUUCUAGUUUACGAAGAGUUUUUCACCCAAGGCGACCAGGAAAAGGAAAAGGGCAGCAAGCCGAUCGAAAUGAUGGAUCGCGAGAAGGCAUGCAUUCCUAAACUCCAACUUCAGUUUUUGGAUGAUAUUGUUCUACCAACUUACAAGGUUUUGGGAAGUUUGAUGGGUGAAGCCAGAGUUCUGAUUGAUAUUUUGCAACGAAACUACGCGUGCUGGCAGAAAGCGUCUGAAAUCUUCACUAGUCGCUGGCCUGAGGGAGGAGUGUCUAUCUGUAUUCUUGAAGAUGAGGCGUUGGAGAAAGAAGUUAUGGCUUCGUUUGAACGAGUCUCUCAAUAAAUGGUUGAUUAAUGUGUUCAUGUUGACUUUUGUCAGUGGGUAUUGUUUAGCUUGGAAGAGAUACUGGCAAUAAAAAUAUAAUCAAAGUAUUUGUGCAAAAUAAAA